AUGUCAAAAAAUACGGUAUUAAACACGUACAAUUUCGUAAGUACAUCGAAUCGUCAGCUGUCGCUUGAUAGUAAUCAAUAUCAACUUGUUAUACGGCAACAGCCUAAACAAGCUCGAUUAUGUAGUUCGAAAGAACGAGAUCGAAGACCUGUUGAUCCACCUCCAAUUAUUCAACUAAAGGUAGAUGGUUAUGGUGACGAAGCUCAAAAUUUCCUCCAAAGUCCUUAUUAUUUUAUGUGUGCAAACCUUGUGCAUCCAACAGAUAACAGUGAAAGUUUUACCAUCUCUUCGCGUUAUCUUGCUGGUACCGUUGUUUCCUCCUUGCACAAAUUAAAAGACAUCGAUAAUAAUGAUGGUGGAUUUUUUGUGUUUGGUGAUAUAUCCGUACGUGCCGAGGGUCGUUAUCGUUUAAGGUUUAGUUUGUUCGAAAUCGUAAGGGAUGAGGUUGUUCAUAUACAAUCAACGAUAUCAGAUGUAUUUACAGUUUAUUCAUCCAAGACAUUUCCCGGAAUGUCAGAGUCAACAUUUUUAUCAAGAUCUUUUUCAGAUCAAGGUGUAAGGAUAAGAAUUCGUAAAGAACAUCGUAUUCAAAUGAAACGUCCGCAGUCCAAUAAUAGACAAUCUGAUACCGCUGAAGGUGAAGAUGAUAAUAUGAAUGAUGAUGGAAUUGGGGAAUUUUCUAUUAAAAGAAAGAGGAGCUUAAGUAAUCCAAUGCAAUUGCUGUCAAUUUCAACACCUACGCAUGCAAAUCCUUCAAUGGACAUGAUGGAUGCUGCUCCUUCCACGUAUUACCCACCUUACGCGUCAUCUCAUCCACGGUUUCCUUCUAGGCAAAGGGGUGGUGCAUUAUCAUAUCCUCCUCCGUUAGGUUACUCGCAAUCACAUAUACCGCCCCAGCGUCAGCGCUCAUAUUAUGAAGAUUCUGAACACGAAUCCCAUGAUGAACAUAAGUCUAUUCAAUCCUCAUCCGUUGACCUCAUGUUAUCGUCUCCAUCUUAUCAUGAUAACAAUGAUCAUGAACGAUCAGCAUUAAAUAAACGCCCAAGAUUAUCCAAUCCCGAAGUUAUGUCAUAUGAUUAUCGACAACCAUCGACGACGGCACCUUUGAACAAUAACCAAUUCACUAACCAUCAUCAUCAUACUACCGCUUCCCCUCCUCUUCCACCUCCAUCAUCGUAUCGUACAACGGAGAGAAGGACUACCCUACCUCCUCUAUUAGAACAUCAAUCUUCUUACGCUACCGCCUCUACUAACACUUCAACUUCUCAUUCAUUUACCCAUCAUUCUUCGCUUCCUCCUACUCGUCAUCAUUCUUUUGAUACAUUACCGCCUGCAAUUUCUUCUUCUACUGUUACUACAUCCUUGGAAUCUUUUCAUUAUCCUACAACAUCGAUGACAACGUCGAUAACGACGCAACAAACUCAACCUCCUGCAACUUCAUAUUUUCAUCGUCCACCACCAAAAACUCCAGUCAGAUCUCGUACAUUACCUUAUAUGGGACAUAGUUAUAUCAAUGGUAACAAUAGUAAUAAGGGUAACAAUGAUACACCUAGCUUUACUCAGCAAUUUACUUUAAGUCCUAGACCCGUACAUUUUCAAUUACCUUCUAAACCUAAUGACAACAACAAUGAUGGCAUAACAAAAACUAAUUCAUUGCCUGUAACUUCCCGUUCAAAUACUAAUACUACAUUUUUGAAUAAUGAAGGUCAACAACAAGAUAAUAUUACCACGCGACAAUAUUAUCAUUCCCAUUCCAUGGAUGAUAAUUUAAUGCAUAAUCGUAAUGCCGACGGUAAUUAUAAUAAUCCUAGCGAAAAUAAUGUUUGGAAUAAUAAUAUAUUGAACGAUAUAAAUGAUGGAAAUUACAGAUAUUAA